CCGAGCGGGGCCGAACGGAAUCGGACGGGGCGGAGCGCCGGGGCCGAGCUCAAGCCGCCGCCACAGCGAUGAAGCGGGACCGGCUCGGGCGCUUCCUGUCGCCCGGGGUGUCCGGGCAGCGCGGGAGCUCCGGUGGCGGCAGCUGUGGCCGUGGCCGGGCCCGGGGCCGCCCUUCCCGCAACGGUCACGACGUGGCCGAGGCGGCGGCUUUGGUGGCUGCGCGGCUGGGCUGGGGCCCGACGCGGGCCUGCGCGGACGCGGGCGAGGACGGCGCCGACGAGGCAGGAACGGCCCGGGCCCUGGCCAUGGGGCACUGUCGCCUCUGUCACGGGAAGUUCUCCUCCCGGAGUCUCCGCAGCAUCUCUGGCAGGGCGCCUGGGGAGAGCUCAGAAAGGCCGCCCCCUGGGGACCGUGUUUUUGUCCGGGACUUCCAGCGCCUCCUGGGGGUGGCCGUCCACCAGGACCCGGCUCUGUCCCAGUUUGUCUGCAAGAACUGCCACGCCCAGUUCUACCAGUGCCACGGCCUCCUCACGUCUUUCCUGCAGAGGGUCAACGUCCCCCCCACGGGCCGCCGGAAGCCUUGCGCAAACCGCCGGGCCCACUCCUGCUCUCAGUGGGCGGCACUGCUCCUUUGCAGGGUCGGUGUGCAGCCUCGGACAGGGGCGGAGGAGGGAGCGUGUGUGGUGGACCUGAUCGCUUCGAGCCCCCAGGGCCUGCGCGGCUUGGUGGGGUGGGUGCACGGACACGCGGCCGGCUGCGGGGCCCUGCCCAGCCUCCAGAGGACCCUGUCCUCCGAGUACUGUGGCAUCGUCCGGGCCGUGUGGGGCUGUGACCGAGGGCACGACUACACCAUGGACGCCGACUCCAGCUGCGGGGCCCUCUUGCUGGACGGCGCCUUGGGCGUCAGGCGGACGUGGGACAAGGAUUUGGCCCUGGGGCUCCCCCGGCAUCGGGGGUCCAGCCCCAGCGGAGCUGCCCCUCAGAGCUCCCAGGGCAGAGCGACUGCGGCCGGGGCCGAGACCGAGACGCUGCCCAGCACGGACACAGCCCGGCCUCCUUCAGAUGGCGACCCGGUGGGGCCUGGGCCGGGCCCCCCGCCUCAGCCAAGCCUCCCCCAAAGCGGGGCCCCAGGGCAGUUGGGUGAGAAGCAGGUUCCAUCUCCAACCUCGGAUGAUCGGGUAAAAGACGAGUUCAGUGACCUUUCUGAGGGAGACUUCCUGAGUGAAGACGAAAAUGACAAGAAGCAGAAUACCCAGUCCUCAGACGAGUCCUUUGAGCCCUACCCGGAAAAGAAGGUCUCUGGUAAGAAGAGUGAAAGCAAAGAAGCCAAGAAGUCAGAAGAACCAAAAAUUCGAAAGAAACCUGGGCCCAAGCCGGGCUGGAAGGGCAAGCCGCGCUGUGAGAGGGAGGAGCUGCCCACCAUCUACAAGUGUCCUCACCAGGGCUGCACGGCCGUGUACCGUGGGGCUGACGGCAUGAAGAAGCACGUCAAGGAGCACCACGAGGAGGUGCGGGAGAGGCCCUGCCCGCACCCCGGCUGCAACAAGGUGUUCAUGAUCGACCGCUACCUGCAGCGCCACGUCAAGCUCAUCCACACAGAAACUGGGGGAGGAAGCACAGUGAAGACAGUGCCCUGGUCAUCACCGCCACCAGCACAGGUGCGGAACUAUAUCUGUGACGAGUGUGGGCAGACCUUCAAGCAGCGGAAGCACCUCCUGGUUCACCAGAUGCGCCACUCAGGAGCCAAGCCCCUGCAGUGCGAAGUCUGCGGGUUCCAGUGCCGGCAGCGGGCAUCCCUGAAGUACCACAUGACCAAGCACAAGGCCGAGACGGAGCUGGACUUCGCCUGCGACCAGUGCGGCCGGCGGUUCGAAAAGGCUCACAACCUCAACGUGCACAUGUCCAUGGUGCACCCCCUGACGCAGACCCCGGACAAGGCCCCGGAGCCCCCGCCUGGGCCCGUGGCGGGGCAGGCCGUGAAGGCUGAGCCCACCUGAGGGCACGCCCGCCCCUGAGCUCAGCGGGCAGUGACGGGGGUUCAGGCCUGACGGCACAGCUCUGCACCCCGACGAGCCCCCGCCCCGCAUGCUGGGUGGCAGGGGCUCAGCACACAGCGCACGGGGCCUUGUGGCUUCUGCUCCGGGACCGGCAGUUUCUUCUCCUGUAAACAGAGUGACUUGGGGCCAGAGGCAGACUUCAAAGAAUUGAUUCCUCUUCCCCGCUGAUGCAGUCGAGGUUUGUAACCCACUUUUCAGGGCAACGAGAGCUCCACGUUACGCUUGUAAUAAAUUAUUUACCGAGGAGCUGGGCCGUGCCCUGUGCAGGUCCUGUCAGAAGAGACGGAGCUCCUGGCAGAGAUCAGGGUCCAGCACGGCCUGCUGCCUGCGGAGGAGGGCGGCACGCACUUCCGGGUCACAGUCCGCACUCGCGCCCAGCAGCUGCAAGAAAGCCCGUGUGCUGGGCCCGUGCUGCCCAGUGGCCCCCAAACACACACCCAGGGCCCGGCGAGAGGCCAAGUGCUGGACGCCGCGUGCCCGUUUUCCCGAAGGUGUUCAGCACCCUCACAGUGAACAGUGAUGGGGACUUAAAGACAAGACAGCAAGGUGAGCAUGUGGGCGUUACCUCUGCCACAUCUGAGAAGCUCCUUUUUGGGCACCGAGGUAUCGACUGCAGCAGAAAAAGACGAGCGUUUGUUAUCAGGCUUACGGGGUCGCCCUGGAGAGAAGACAGGCAGAGCCGCGGUCAGGGCGCCCACAGCUGCGCGCUGCGCCAGGAGGGGCUGCCCAGGCUGCAGGCCCCCAAGAGCUGGCCGCCCGGGUCCGUCUGGAGACAGGCCUGGCCCUGCACCUGCCUGGGCCUGGAGCUCCCCACCGUGGGCCGGAGUCCAGACUGCACCAGUCUCCCCAGCCACGAAGAGGCCCACGAGCUUCAGGUACAUGUUAACAGCAACGUGCAGGAAGGCAUCUUCCUGGAGGAGGGCGUCCUUGUCAAAGUAGGACAGGAGGCUGAAAGCAGAGACGGACGUCAGGUGACCCGGACCUCACAGACCUCACUGAGGCCGGUGCAGGCAGCAGAGGAGCAGCCUUUCCCAUCUCGAGGGAGCCCUGCCGCCCCGCCCCUGACCAGCAGGCCCCGGGGGUUACCUGUAGAAGGCGACCGGCAGCAGCCUGACCUGGUGGUCGGGGGCCAGGCGGAGGAGGGUGCGCCCCAGGCCGGCAUCUGCAACACAGAGGGGCUCCGUCAGCGCGGGUGCCUCCCUGCAGGGUCAGGGUCUUCACGGGCGUCGUGUGCCUGGUGACGCAGGGGUGAUGUCCUCAUGCUGCAGAGUAGAGCUUGGGGGCCGGGGUCCCUGGGAUCCUCGAUACUCCACUAAAUUAUUUUGCUUAAAUGAGUCUAUAUACUUAUCAAAAACAGAAACUUGCAAAAAUGAGUUUUCAAAGUGAGCCCCAAGGAGAGGCUCAUGUUUAACCAUCUGAAAGUCGCUUCUGAAGAGAAGGACUAAAGAACGAGGCCGCAGUCUGACCCUGCCGCCCCCUGUGCUCCCGGCAGAGGGCUGGGAACCAGGACAGACACAGGCAGGCCGGCUGGCCGGUCUCCGGAUUUCUCACCCGCUUCCGUCAACUGAAAGAGCGGCAGCCAGGAAAUCCUCUUCCUCUGCAGACACCCCAGGACCUCGGCACAGACGUCCAGAGCCUUCAGGGAGCCAACGGCCUGUUACCCACAGAAGAAGAGGGAGAAGGACCCUAAGGUGACAAGUGCGCAAGGAAGAGGUGUCCACCUGGGGCCUUUGGACAUAAGACACCAAGAGGCAGGCCAACGGCCUGGGGUUUUCUCUCCUGAGAAAGCCUUCGACACAAAGGUCCCAGGUGCCCCCCCCCCCCCGCCACAAGACCCUAACUCAGGAGGUCUCGGGGGAGAUGGGGACCCAUGGUUUCAAGUGCCCUGGGGGGGUCGUGCCAGCUGCUCGCUGCCCUGCCUACAGCGGCAGAGGGUCUGACCUACCUGCGGGGUCAGAUGUGAAGAGAGCAGGCCCAUCAAGGAAAAAAAAAACAGGAAAACCAACAGCUGCAAAUAAAAACAGGUCCACUCACAACAUGAAACUACCUGUGCUCUGUUCCCUUAAAGUAAUUCUAAACGAGGAAAGAACACAUUCCUCGUUAAUUGAACAUUUACAGGCCUAAGUUAUAAAUCUCUCUUAAGUGGAUCUCCAGAGAAAGAAAAUUUUCCGGUCACUCUUACAGAGAGAAUUUAAUGGGUUAUAAACUAUUACUGCUUGGGGACCUGUCUCUGCUGAUCCCCCAGGCCAGAGUGUGUGGAGGUGACAGUGGCCUGGAGGCUCUGGGGCCACUAAAAUCCUUCCAGCAAAAACAACCUGAAAACUCUUAAAAAUAGACUCUCCCUGGUAGUUUCUUACUUUAAAUUAUAAUCACUAAAAACUCACAGCUCAGCAACUGUUCUCAGGCAGGUGUGUACGGCCUGAGCUACUGGGGGACCCUGGCUUUCAUAGAACCAGGGGUUCAGCUGGAGGAGACACAGGGGAGCACGCCACAGCUCUGGGUAGGGGGCCCCGGGGGGUCCCACAGCUCCCAGUGGGGCCACCAGCCUGCCAUCCGAGCAGCCCUCUGUCCACCCUUGGUCUCCGCCAGCAGCUAACUGGGGUGCGGGUGCCUCGAGGCUAUGAAACGGAAGGUCCCGCUGGACAGCUGACAGCCAGCCCUAACCCCCCACCCCGGGGUUGUGUUGAUAAACAGGCCAAAUAAAAGCACUUGAGAAUGAAA